AUGAAUGCUAUGUCUUUAAAAGUAUGUUUCAUUAUUCAAAUUUUAUUUUUUCAAAAUUUGAUUUGUUUUUAUGAAUUUUGUUCAUGUGAACAAAAACGAUAUACAUUUAAAUCAUUCAAAGAUGAAGUUGCUAGUUUAGCUGCUUCACUUCUUGAAUUAAGUUGUAAAAAAACUGGUCGAUUUGCUGUUUGGUUACCAGAUACAUCAGAAAAUGUUUGUUCCAUCAAAAUUAGGUCUUAUCAAAAACAUGCUGCUAAAAUAUAUCAUAAUAAAUUACAUGAACGACAAGCAUCUGUUAAUCUUGAUUCAUUUAUUGCAAUAUUUUAUACAUCAAGUACAAUAGGACAUCUAAAAGCAACAACACUAACAAGCUUGGAUAUGGUUAAUAUGUCGAAAUGUGUAACUGACCACUUUGGAAAAUGUUUUACUCGUCUUUCUGCUCUUAUUCCAAUGUUUCAUAUUUUUUCUGAAGUUCAACAUGAAGAAAAAUGUACAGCUAUGAUAGGUGUUCCAAUUAUUUUUCGUGAUAUAUUAGAUCAUCCAGAUCGAAAAAAAUAUGAUUUAAGUUCAUUAGUUUAUUACGGAUUAGUUGCUAGUCCAAUGAAUAUAGACUUUUUACGACGAUUAGAAAAAGAAAUUCCUAUUAAAUGUAUCGGACAACUUUUUGAACUGACAGAAAAUGUUGCAAUUCUUACGAGUAGUGAUGAAAGUCGAAUAGAGGACGAGGGUUAUCUUUAUUAUAAUGAUCGUCAAAAAGAACUAAUUACUCGUAGUGGUGUUAAUAUUUAUCAAAUUGAAAUUGAAAAUGCAAAUAGUGAACGUCCAAGUGUUGCUGAAUCCCAAGUUUUUUCUUUUCCAGAUACGUGUCAUGAUGAUGAAGUAUGUGCAUGA